GCGGGGCGCUGCUCACGGGCGGACUCCGCCGCUCGCGUCUCCGGCUCCGGCUCCGGCUCGAGGUGCGGCGCCGCGGCGGGGAGCGAGCCCGGCCGGAGGAUGCCGCAGCCAGCCCCGCGCGGGGCCACAUAAGGAUGUGUCACCUUCCAGCCCAGCCCUCGUCUCGCAGGCACUGGGAAAGCUUCUCCUCCCUCCUGCCCCACCCCUUCUGGCUUCAGACCUGACGACGCCUUGCCCUUCCCCAGCAGGAUGGCCCAGGCUGGGGAGGUCAUGCACUUCCGCCCUGAUGGAGACUGUGCCAUGUCAUCCCCGCAAGUGGAGCGCAGGCCCUGGCUGCCUCCUGCCAAGAACUUCAUUGAAUAUGGUACCUACAGCCCCCCGCGCUGUCUCACCCCCAAUCUCAAUGCAGGCAGGAUCCACUUACUGCGCAAGGGUCUGAAUCCCGAUGCGCGGCGCUCCCAGCUGGGCAUGUAUAACAGCACUGGCUCCUUGGUCCGUAAGGCAUUGGAGACAGGCCCCUUUGGCAACAGCAACUGCUCAAGCACCGGACGAGUGACAGCUCCUUGCACCCCACUGCGAAGCAGGCCAAGCCCCUCGCUGUCAUCACCUGGCAGUCGCACCCCUCUGGUGGCAUCUGCCCCUGAAGGACAUAGCUCUGUGGUGACGUUCCGGUUCAUUGAGAAAGCCAGUGUGAAAACCCUGAAUGGCCUCCCACCAGCUGAGCCCCGGAGGGAGAAUGAGCAGAGUGCCCAUGGCCUGAGCAGGAGCUUGGAGUUUGGGGAGGCCAUCCGCUGUAGCUCCAGCAGAAAGGAGAAUGCCUGCCUAGCAGCGCAAAUCCAGGUCUCCCGGCAGAGCAAAGCCAUGUCACCUCAGAGUGGCAUCAAGCAGACCAUGAACGAGGACCUCCAACUGACAGCCGAGCUGCCUGGGUCUAACCCUGGGAGCGGGACUCCUGGUGGGACAUACACCCCUCUGAGCCACAACACUAAGUUUCAUGAGCACCUGAGUCGGAAGCUGAAACUAGAGUCCUCUGCAUCAGACCCUUUCCUGGCUGGGAGCAGGCCUCCCGGUGACAAGCGCUCCUCUAGUGGUUCUGGCAAUGGAAGGGAUUCCCACUCCCUGAAUUCCAACUGCAUCUUCAGUUCUCUCACCAAUGGGCUUGGGACACCAUCAGAGGACAUCUCAGCACUCCUAGGGAGUCCUCUGAACAUGGAGCCAUGCUACCAGGGGGGCUCAUGGGCAUAUUCCCGGGAGACCUCAGCCCAUGCCCAACGCAUUGCAAAGGCCAAGUGGGAAUUCUUCUAUGGCUCUCUAGAUUCUCCAGGUACAGGUAAUUCUCCUCAGAAACCUGAAUCGCCUUCCCUCAAAGAGCCCCUUCAGAAACCCAGCCACCUGCUGCUACCAGAACCCAAGAAGUCCAUGGCUGAGCACAGCUUUUGUCACGUAGAGGUGGAAAUAGAAAUGGCUCCUUCAGGCAACAAGAACCCAGGCUCCUGUGAAACUGGAAUUAUAAGAAGAACAGUGAAGUAUUCAGAGACAGACCUGGACUCGGUGCCUCUGAGAUGCUAUCGUGAGACCAACAUUGAUGAUAUUCUGGCUGAGAAGGACGAGGUGGAUUCAGCCAUUGAGAGUCAGAAGGACAGCGAGAGUAACCCAAGUUUCACUGGCACCUUGGGGAGAAGGAACAGUGCAUCUGAAGACCCCUUUCCCCAGGGCACCAUGGAGCACAAUGGGAAGCAUAUGAGGAAUGGCAAACAUGGAGAAGAGGUGGAUGAGGAUGACGAGGUGUUUGAAGCAACAAGGCAAGAGAACGGAGACAGGGUCAUGGAUCGAGAUGCACAGGGUCUGCUCAAGUCACCUGUGCCCUUCCUCCUGGGACACAGCCUCUCCAAAGAUGGCAUGGAUUCGUUCAGCAAGCAUUUUGAGAGCAUCAUGGAAUCUCACCGGGCCAAGGGGACGUCCUACACCAGCCUCGACUCCAUUGACAUCCUCUCCUCCCCUGCCCGUACCAAUGGCACCUACUUCACCUUUGACCUCCCAACCCUCACCCCACAAAUCCAGGACAAGAUCCGAGACAGUGUCAAGCUGAUUAAGGAGAAUUUUGCCCCUCUGGCCCACCUGGAGCCAGACUCUGGAACCAGUUCUGCUACAGAUGCUCCCUGGACUGAGAGGGAGGAAGAGCAAAGGAGAAAGGCAAAUAAUGGCCUGCACAGCCCAUGCCACUCAGAGGACAGCUUUGGCAUGCCCUUGGCCUCCAUCAUCAGUGACCAUCCCCUGAGUCAGCUGGUCUCCGACUCAGACUCCGAGAUGGACAGCACAGAGCAGCUGGCACUGGGCAGCACUGACACCCUGUCCAACGGGCACAAAGCUGACCUUGAGGCUGCCAAGCGCCUGGCCAAGAGGCUAUACAACCUGGAUGGGUUUAAAAAGGCAGAUGUGGCCCGCCACUUGGGGAAGAAGUACGUUAAUGAGUUCAGUAAGAUGGUGGCUGGGGAAUAUCUGAAAUUCUUCGUAUUCACUGGCAUGAGUCUGGACCAGGCUCUCAGGUCCUUUCUGAAGGAGCUGGCUCUGAUGGGAGAGACUCAGGAACGAGAGCGUGUGCUGGCGCAUUUUUCACAGCGCUAUUACGAGUGCAAUCCCAGUGCUGUCUCCUCUGAAGAUGGAGCCCACACUCUGACCUGUGCUCUGAUGCUGUUAAACACAGAUCUUCAUGGGCAUAACAUCGGGAAGAGAAUGUCCUGCUCUGACUUCAUUGGAAACUUGGAAGGACUCAACGGAGGGAGAGAUUUCCCCAAGGAACUGCUCAAGGCACUGUACGGCUCCAUCAAGAAUGAGAAGUUGCAGUGGGCCAUAGACGAGGAGGAGCUGAGGAAGUCCCUCUCAGAGCUGGCCGAUCCUAACCCCAAAUCCAUCAAGCGCAUCAGCAGCUGCAGUAACCCCUUCCUAGACUUCUCACAAGACCCCAGCAUCGCCACCUACAAGCAUGGCCUGCUGGUGCGCAAGAUGCAUGCUGAUCCUGACUGCAAGAAAACACCCAGGGGGAAGAGAGGAUGGAAGACAUUCCAUGCCAUCCUGAAGGGAAUGAUCCUCUACUUGCAGAAGGAGGAGUAUAAGCCUGGGAAGCCCCUGGCAGAGGAGGAGCUGAAGAAUGCCAUCAGUAUCCACCAUUCGCUAGCCACACGGGCAUCUGACUAUAGCAAGAGACCCAACGUCUUCUACCUCAGGACAGCUGACUGGAGGGUCUUUCUCUUCCAGGCACAGAACCCGGAACAGAUGCAUUCCUGGAUCACACGCAUCAACGUGGUGGCAGCCAUGUUCUCAGCACCCCCAUUUCCGGCAGCUAUUGGGUCCCAGAAGAAGUUCAGCCGGCCACUGCUGCCCAGCUCCUGCACCAGGCUCUCCCAGGAGGAGCAGGUAAAGAACCACGAGGCCAAGUUCAAGGCGAUGUCCGCAGAGCUGGUGGAACAUCGCUCCUCACUGCCCGAGAAGAAGGUAAAGGGCAAGGAGUACGAGGAGCUGAAGCAGCGGGAGGAAUACUUGGAGUUUGAGAAAUCGCGCUAUGGCACCUAUGCCAUGCUGCUGCGUGCCAAGCUGAAAGCUGGCUCUGAUGACCUGGCAGCCUUUGAGUCCACACUGUUUGACACAGCAGUGGGUGAGGAGGACAACCUCAAGAAAUCCCGCUCCAGCCCCUCACUCCAUGUGGAGCCAGCCAGCAUGGGCCCCAAGGUGAAACGCAACAUCUCGGAGCGUGGCGGCACCCGUCAGUCCACCAACCAUCCGCAGAAAUCGUAGGGGCAAGGGCAGCAAGCUGCACAUUCCUGUUCCAGCCCUACAUGCUGGGAGGCCAUGCCCACACCAGCCCAAACCUGCAUGACUUCAUCCUUGGCGGGCACAAGCCAUGGGGGCUGAUUGCGCUCACCCUGCCACCAGCACCAGUGGAAGGAGCCCCAACAUAUCAGCAUGGAAACAGUUCCCUCCACUGAGGCUCAUGGGAAACAUCGAUGCAGUGCAGUAGCAGCAGGGGAACCAUCUCCAUACCUGCAGACUUCCUAGCAAGACCUACCCCCUUCUCCUGGACCUGGGUGCGGGUUCCCUGAGAGCAGUGAUGGGGCUAGAUUAUACGGUGGCUGCCCUACGCUAGGCAGGCCCCGUGAGCUGCCCACCAGACUCUAGGGCAGACGGGAUUGUGGGUAGAGACCCCAAUGGGGGCCAGUUAAUGCAUCACUGCUGCAGCCCUGGUCAUGCCAGCUGGAAGCUGCUUUUUUGUUUCCUGCCAGCUGGGCCAGCCAGGCCAUCCACAUCCUGGCCAUGGCCCCUUGCUCCUCCACCCUGCCCAUUUCUUACUGUUUUGAAUGGUUUUUGUGAUACAGUUUUGCACUUUUUAGUACCUGAAUGAGCUGAACUACGUGAAGUUUUUUGGGGGUGAUUUUGAUGAUUUUUUUGGGAACUGUGAAAAAGAAUUAUUUCUUAGAAGCAUUGCAUUUUUUGGACAGUUUUUAAUCAGGGCCCUGGGCUGAGGCCCCAGUCCUGCCCACAGAAGCCCUGGCACUCAUCUGUUUUCUAUGUCACAUACAAGGGGCAGCUCGUUUGGUGCAGACUCCUCCCUGCUCCUGCACUAGAUGCCAUCUUGCAGCCUCACACGAGCCUGUGGUCUGAGCAGCAGCCACAUAGCAAGGGGAGCUUGCUUUCAGCCAAAUGACAAAGCCAUAACAAAGGGGCCUGGCUGCAGCCCAUUGAGGGGCUAGCUCCAUUCACCCUUUAGAACACAGAUGCAGAGGUGCAGGCAGCUUCAACUGCUGUCUAGAGCCUCAGCAGCAGUGGUUGAGAGGGCAGGUGAUGGGCUGGUGCACAUGAGGUACCUGGUCUUUUCCUGGUAAGUGGGGAGGUUGUGAAUGGGGUUAAUUCCCAGCCACUGGUUAGGCUGGAGCAACUAACAAGGAGGGGAAACGCACAGCUGCAGGUGCUGUCUUCCCCCUCUGUAUAGCUUCCUCCUUCCUUGAUCUUCCCCAUUCUGAAAGGGCUCUGAGGCAGCAGUCAGGUCCUGGCAGCUGGAUCCAGCCCCUGCCUCCUUGGGUCCUGGCACAAGUAUUCAGAGGAAUGUGUAUUGUAACCUGGGGCAGGAGUUGCACAUACCUGACACCAGGCUUGGCCUAGGUCCUCUCUCUUCUCCCAAUGUAAUAGGACUGCUGAAUGGGCUGAAGCCAAGGCCCCCCUCUCCACCCAGUGCUGCCCUGGCACUUAGUGCAAGGGGUCUACUUGCAGCACAACACCACCCAGCACUUGUGGCUGGGCAGCAGACCCAGCAUGAAAGGCAGUAGGGCUUGGAGUAGAAGGGGCAGCAUGCCCACAGGUUGAUGCAGGCAGCCUUCCACACAGCUGCCACCCCUUCCCACCCCCCCUGCAGGAGGGCUGGGCUGGGCUGGGAGGGAAGGGGGAGAGUGGUGUGCUGCUUUUGGCCAUAGGGACCUUGCUGGCUCCAGUACUGACUCUGUGAAUGUGUCAAACUUUUUAUUCUGCACUCUUUUGAGUCUACUGCAAAAAAAAAUCCAUCCUUGAGCAAAUGGCUCUGGGUGAAACCUUUGUACAGCUUCUUCCAUCAGGUACUGAAGUAAAACCUGCUCUCAAGA